AACAGGGUUCUGUUUUAUUUUCAAUUUUCACUCUCCCCCUCGAAACUCUCUUUUUCUUUCCCUCAAGUUCAGGGCCGAUCAUUUCUCGGCGUUUCUCUCUCCCGCCAAACACUUAACAAUCUUCUCGUCGGUAACUUUGAAUCAGGCCGAUCUCGCCUUUAACCGAUCUCCCUUGCUUGCCGCUGAACCAUCGACAGUUGGUACUUGGGACAUAAACAAUGGUGGCAAAAUGAUAGCUACUUAUAUAGCCAAUGAGAACAAUAAGUGGCGUCUUAUGACAUAGCGAGCAUAAAUUUCCUGUGUGCAUAAAUGCCGGUAGCAAAACUGAAAGCCUCUAACACCACAGAUGUGGUGAAAGUAGAGGAAGGAAAUGAGUCACUAGAUACUUUUAUUAAACAAGCAAUUGGAAAAGAGUCUCUUCUUUCUUUCUCUAGAAAUGGAGACAGCUCAGUUCAGUGGAUCCAAUUACUCCAAGCUCUGGAUCAGCAAGAACUCCCUGGUUGGCCUUUUCUUUCUACUCCUAUGAAGAUACAGCUGCAGAAAUGUGACAAGUGUUCCCAAGAAUUCUGCUCCACUAUUAACUAUAGGAGACAUAUACGUGUCCACCAUCGGUUGAAAAAGCUUGAUAAGGAUUCUGCCAAAAACAGGGAUCUUUUAGGAGCAUUUUGGGAUAAGCUUUCUGUGGAUGAAGCAAAGGAAGUUGUAUCAUUCAAUGAUGUGGCCUUGGAGGGAGUUGCAGGGUCUUGUAUUAUAAAGUCAUUGACAGCAUUUAUUCGGAAACCUAUAUAUGCUUCUCUCCCUCAAGUUUGUGUGAAAGCUGGUGCUGCCCUUCUGGAUAUUGUUCAAGCUAGGCCUUCCAGGUUUCCUAUAUCUUCCCAAGAACUAUUCAGCAUCCUUGAUGAUGCUAGUGAAAAGACAUUCCUAUCUGGGACAGCAGUAUCCAUGCAAAAAUAUAUAUUUGAUGGUGAAGCUGUGAAGAUUGGGCUUGAAACAAGGAAUUUGAUUGCAUGUACUAGCUUUCUGGUGGAACAGAUUUUGGUCAAAGCAUGGCUAGCUGAUAAGGAAGCAGAAGCUUUAAGGUGCCAGAAGUUGUUAGUGGAGGAGGAAGAAGCUGCUCAGAGAAGGCAAGCAGAGCUCUUGGAAAGGAAAAGACAGAAAAAGCUGAGGCAAAAGGAGCAGAAAGCAAAAGAGCAUAAGCAUGAGGAAAAGGCAGAUGAUAAGGAGAGCACUGAUGGCACAUCAGAAUCUGUGCCCCUACCUGAAACGUCUUGUCCUCUGGCCACAUCUGAUUCUGAUGCACACAAUGCAGAUGCAUUGCCAAAUCAUGUUCCCUCAUCUCUUGAGCCCUUCCAACUUGCAAAUUCUGAUGAAGAUGUGGAUUAUGAGUUUCAGGCUGGGUUUGGCAAUGGUUAUGCUGAUUUAGGCCCGGGGCAGAAUAUUGAAAGACGGAUGGUACGAGGAAGUGGCCAUCGGCAGAUGGUUGUUAUUCGACGACAGUUGCCACAAAAACCACGUGGUAUGCCCAAUGGUUUUCAUGCUAGUCAAAAUUCUCAAGCAUCCAAGCUUGGAGGAGUGCAAAAGCUUGGAAAUAACAGGGAUUUCAGGGCUGCUCCAAUAGUUGGUGGCAAUAAGGUUUGGAGCUGGAAGCCAAAGCCAGAAAAUGAUUAUGCGAAUCUGAAAACUAGAACGCUGAAAGAAGCCAUAAACCAACCCCAACAAGAUAAGAACCAUGAGGUUUUGAUAGGCUCUAUAUCUGUUACACUUGGACAUUGUAAUCAUCAUGAGGGUAAAAGUGCAGCCGAAGGCCAAGAUGGUUGCAUGGAAGAGCAUCAGAUGCCCAAAAAGAACAGUGUAACUGAGAAGUUCAUUCAGUCUGGCACAAACAAGUCAACAGUUAAAUUUUGGAGGCCAGUUAGCAGGCAUGGGACUAAAGGUCCUGUCCCAGUUCAUGGGACUAAAGGUCCUGUCCCAGUUCAAAAUGGCUGUAGAGAAUCCGAAGUGGAUGUGAAUGGUGGACAAGCCAUUGAUCAGACCCUAUCUAGUGAAAGCUGUCUAAGAUUGCCCAUGGAUGAUACUAAUGGUGGGAUUGGGAGUUCCACGUCACUCAUGAAGGACAGUAUGUGUCCAGGAGGCAUGCAGUUUAAUAGUUGUGCUGCAAAAGCUUUUCUAUCAGAGAGAUGGAAGGAGGCAAUUGCAGCUGAACACGUGAAAUUAGUUCUGCCCCCAGAUUCCGUAUCUUCUGAGUAUCAAGAUUUUGAGAGCAACAAUCAAGUAACAGUAAUUCAGUCAUCAGAUUCUCAUAAACAGUUGACCAAUGCCAGAGCUGACGAGGCUUCAACAGCAACCGGAGCUUCUGCUAAACCCAAGUUCAGAACAAAACCUGACAAAGGUACCAAGAUAAAGUAUAUUCCUAAACACAGAAUCCUCACCUGAAGAGUAAGAGAUGCCAUUUCUUUAGCUAUAGAAACAUGCACAGUUUAGUUGCCCAUCAUAUUUUUACCAGAGGUUCCAGUUUUUCUAGUGCUCUUCUGUCAGGAAAUUAUUAAAAAAAAGUUUUUGCAGGAAAUCAUUUAUUGUCCGGUCUUUUUAGCAGAUUGAUUCCUUGUUUUUUUUCAAUAUGGCUUAACCAUCUAGAUUUAUCUGUAAUAAAUUUUGUUUUAAGCUAUUCCAAAAGCUGUUCUGUGCUCUCUUUUUCCUAGUGGCUAGUGAAAACGAAACCGAGCUUCCAUCUCUGAUCUCUACCUUCCAAAUAUUUACAUCUAAACACUCAGAAGUUUGUUUUGACAAUUUGAUUGGGAUUCAUUCAUUUUGAUAGUUAGCAGUUUUGUUUAGGAGAUUGAGUUGAGAGUUUAUUAUUACUAGAAGAUUAGUCAGUCCCCAUAUUCAACUAGAAUAUUGAAUAACAGUGGACUGUACUGUAGUUGGUAAUUCAUACUGAAAUGAUGUAAGAGGUUUUCAAGUCUUUAAUUGGAACUGUUUGUUGAUGCUUGC